GUUGGCAUUUAUUUGGUUUCUGGAUUAUUUUGAAUUACAUGGGGAUGAAAAAACUUUUGAUUACAUGAUAUAUGCGUUUUGAGGCAUGGUUCUUGCGAGAUGUGAUAUUCUUUAGCAGUGUAUAAAUUCCCAAAUUACCACCCACGCUAUGAUAUUGCGCAGUCAAAAUUCAUGCCUCAUCCAUGUUAUUCUUUUAUUUUACGAUUAUAUCAGCUGUCUGUUAAUUCUCAGUAAUAAAAAGACACUAUCAAGGUCUGCAUGUCGUCUGCUCCACGCAUACAGUUUAUUGGAUUCAUAUUAUUUUUAUCUUCCCGUCUUCCAGUUGAACGCGAUGUCGAAACUGAAAGAGGAAUUUCUGUCAUUUGGGCAAUGAUCUAUGCAACCGUUAAAGAAUACAAAUUCUGUUUUCACGUGCAAAGUUCAUCGAAACAAAUAUAUGGCGAACAAUAAUUAUCGUGAACCAAACACAAAAAAGAGAGGACGACCUGCAAACAAACUUUCUGUCAGGUUAUUUCUGCUUGAUCCAGACACCGUGAUCACUAAAGUGACCAAAGACACUUGUUCAAAGACUGCGAUAGAAGCCUUGAUGCAAAGAGGAUAUGGACCACCUCGAAGAGAACAUUGUGUAAAAGAUGACAAGGUGGAAUUUACGCUGGACUUGACAAAUGAACAGUUCAAACAGAAAUUGAUUGAAAUUUAUCCCAAAUUGGAAAAUGCCUUUUUUGUGUUAAUGAAAGCGGACAAAACCAACACAUUGGAAGAACUGAAUCCAGGAUUGUGCUGUUUCAGAUGCUACACUCCAGAAAAUGUUUACAACAGUGAACGUGGACAAGGAAGGCUUUAUAUGAAAAUUAUUGCUGAGAACGAGAUAUCUGCUUGUACGCAUGGAAUAUCUCGCACAAAAAGACUGCGUGGUAUGGUUGGUGGUGGCCAGCAAUUUUAUGUACCAAUCUUACCAAAACCUGCUUCAACCCUCACCACAGGUGACGUCGCCACCUCAGUUGUUACCAUGCCAACUGGUCAAACCGAAUUAUGCAAAUCUGGCAGCACAUCGACACAAAGUCAAUUCUCUUCGUCCACCAUUACUUCCACCAUUACUUCGUCAACUGUAACACCACUGGAUAACAAUAGUUCGGUGAACGUCACAACGCGUGAUCCACCAUUAUCUGUUGUUUCUCCCACAACACCUGGACUUGCAACUUCCCAAAGUCGUUUACCAACAUCAAAUAUCUCGCAGCCCGAAUCAAACCAACCCCUCAACAGUGACCAGUUAACACGAAGGCCAAUAUCCAUGUCGAUUGUUCUGCAGGUUGGUCUUGCACCUACACUGCAAAAUCCAGGUAGCAUUCUGGUGCAGAGGCCGUUACAAACACCACUUACAGUUUCUUCCGUUACAUUAACACCGUUCCUACAAAAUUCUGUUAAUAUUCCAUCACAAAGCCAAUUUUUAUCGCCAUCUGUUAUUUCUAUGACGGGGCCAAGUCAGCCAGCUCAAGUUUCAAAUAAUGUUGUUGCCCAAAGGCAGUUAGCAAUAUCAACUGCUUUCAUUCCUGGAAAUACGGCAAUACCAGCAAUUCAAAAUCCUCGUAAUUUUGUAAAUCUGGGCCAUUUAGAAUCAUUUGGUUCUGGGUCAAUGACACCGCAAGGGCAGUUUUUAAGAUCAACGGGAGUUCAUAAUUUAAAUUUUUUGCAAGCUAUGCCAGGUACACAGUCUUUUAACCAAACCGUUGCUGACAAUGAUCUCGAUUCACAGUGGAGAGCGCUGGGUGAAGCUAUGGUCCUGGCUUCACAGAAUCCUGUCUUGUUGCCUAAUUCAACCAUGCCUUCAUACUUAACUUCGUCCACUCUCCCUCCACUCCGAUCAGCGCAAUCUCCUUUAAAUACCUUGUUGGAUGCAUUAAUGCAACAUGAACAAAAUGCAGAAUCUCCAUCCAGUGGCAGUGGUGUGAUCAGUUCAAACGUGCAGGAGCACGUCAAUCUACCAGAACCAAACGAAUUACGAAUUCAGAAGUUUUUUGAAAAUGUUGAAUCAACUAAGAAACUCACGAUAUCGUCGACAGUUCUGGAUGAUGAUCUUCUCUUGAAGAGGUUGAAACAAUCCACAGUUGAAAUUCACACGAUAGAAAUUCACUCCAGGUGUGAGGUACACAAAGUUCUGAGUGUUUAUUCUUUGCCCUCUUGUCUAAAGAUCCUUCGUAUUAUUAAUAAUAUCCCUAAAUUACGAUGAUAUUUUUGCUUUAAUUAGAUGCUUCAGUAGCGAGAAUAAUUUACAGGAAUUAGAUUUAUCUCGUACCAAGUUUGAGAAGAAUAAUUUCCAUAGUUUCAUUACCGUACUUGUGAAUUGUAGCAAUUUAACAAGAUUGAUUUUAAGUGAUAAUUGCUUAACUAAAGAAGAAACUUUCGGUCUGUUGGCAUCAUUAAAAUGGACGACAAGUCUUAAAAAUUUAAACUUAUCUAAAAAUAACCUAACCGUAUUCGAGAUACACGGACAGUUGGAUAACAUUGUUUCAUUAGAUUUAUCGCAUAGCGCACUCCAGGGAAACACAAGCAUCAUUGAGAUCUGUAAACUGCAAUCACUCGAAGAAAUAAACCUCUCUCACAACCACAUUAGAUUUUCCCCGUUGCCAAAUUUCCACACACAACUCAACAAGCUGCCAAUUAACAUGAAAAACAUUUCACUAUCUUUCAAUUACAUGACACCCGAAGACAUCAGCCAAUUUUGCUUCUUAAUCAAGUCAAAUUUGACAAAACUUUACUUAGAUUCUAAUCACAUAUGCAGCUCAAUUUGGUCGUUUUGUUCAUUAAGUGUAAGAAUUAUGCAUUUGAAAGUGUUAAGUUUGGCUAAUACUGAUCUUUGUGUUGCUGUUGAUGGUUUGGCGUUCCUACUUUCUUUGGUGCAAGAACUGGAAGAACUCAAUUUA